ACUAUCUGAAACCCAAAGACCAAAGUUUACACAUUUUCAAAUUUCAACAAUGCAGUGGUCAACCAAAAGAGCUAAACAAGAGGAAACUGCUUCAAUCAACCAUCUAAUUUCACAGCCAAAGUUCACAGAUGAACAAGAGUUUUCUAUUAUGGUUGCUGCUUUAACAAAUGUUAUAACAGGUGAUACAACUCAAGAAUUUCAAUAUAUAAUUUCAUCUUCUUCACCAUCUACGAGCAUGUCAAGUUUAGAGCCUCCUCUGUUUCGGGUUCCAACAGAACCAGAGCCAUGUCAAUUCUGUAAAAUAAAAGGGUGUUUAGGUUGCAACUAUUUUGGAGUUCCAUUUGCUGGUGAUAAUAACAAGAAGACAAAGACUGUAGUUGUCAAGAAAAAACAGAAGAAGAAUUACAGAGGAGUGAGACAGAGACCGUGGGGAAAAUGGGCAGCGGAAAUUAGAGAUCCAAGAAGGGCAGCUAGAGUAUGGCUUGGAACUUUUAAUACAGCAGAGGAUGCUGCUCGAGCUUAUGAUAAAGCUGCAAUUGAAUUUAGAGGUCCUAGAGCUAAACUUAAUUUCUCCUUUGCAGAUUACACAUCAAUUCAACAGCAGAAUGCAACUACUAGUACUACAUUAUCUAUAUCCCAACAACAACAAGAGCCUGUACAGUUGCAGCAGGGAACUAACACAGCUUUUGGUAUAGGAAACGAAGAAGAGUUCUGGGAUCAAUUAAUGGCAUCGGACAAUGAGAUUCAAGAUUGCUUGAGGAUAAUGGAUUUCAAUGGCAAAUCUUCUGAUUCUACCGGAGGCAAUAUUGCUCAUAGCUUCUGAUUUGCAAUUUCAAGAAUUGGAGGCGAGAAUUGUAUGCCCAUUUAGUUUUAGCAAAUCUGGGCUACUGAAUAUUUCCAAUUUUGGAUGUACUUCUUUUUUCUUUGCUUUAUUCAGAUUGUAUCAUAAAUUGUACUUGAGCAUAGUACAAGAAUGAAUUUGGAUUUUGUACGGGAAAUAUUACACAUUGUGGGGCCCGAGAAACUUAAGAGAAAUCACCUGGUGAUUUUGAUGGCCACCAACCAGAGGCGGUUCAGUGGUGGUGUUGGAGGCCUAAAAAUAAGCCGUGAUAAGAUGCCUUAACUUGUU